AUGAUUUGCUUAGCGAGACUGCUAAGGAACUCACAAAGCCUCUUUGUGGCUAGAGCAUCCUUUCAUACAUCUUCAACUGCAUUUCAACUUGAGACUACAAACAAACCCCUCACGGUGCUCAUACAACCGAGCUCUACUGAAGAUUUCGAGCGCUUUGUACGUGCUUCAGGUCCCCGAGCAUUUGUGUCUGGCUUUGAGGAUCCAUAUCUUAAUUUAGCACUGGAGUCUUAUAUUUUCAAGCAUAUGCCCGUGGUUGAUUCCAAAUCUUCACCAUUAUCAUCAUCACCGUCGUCUUUUCCUUCUACUUCUUCUUCUCCUUCAGUUGACGAUAUUAUUGGUUUUGACAUUGAUGGAACUUACGACCUCGAUACUCCCAAAACACAUAACCGGUUGCUGCUCUAUGUCAACAAGGCCUGCAUAGUUAUAGGUCGCAACCAAAAUCCAUGGCGCGAGUGUAAUUUACCGUUAGUAAAGUCACUAGGUGUGCCACUGUUACGGCGUAGAUCUGGAGGUGGUGCCGUAGUACACGAUUCAGGGAACGUCAAUUUUUCAGUCAUGACACCCCGCGAGGAAUUCACCCGUGACAAGCAUGCUCAAAUGAUUGUGAAGGCAGUUAACAAACUUCCUCCCGAGGUACAAAAACGGAUUCAAGGUCAGCAAGAUAUUUUGGAAGAUGAUGCAGAUGAGUUGCUGGGGGGAAACAGCCAAAUGGAUAUACCCAUGGAUGGAAUUGCAACGCCGUUUGAUGGUGCUGGUGGUUUAGGAAGUGAUAUCCCAACCGAAGGCCUUGCAGUGCCAGUCCCCGGCCCACAAAUUAAACUUGCUGUUAACACACGUUAUGAUAUCAUCCAAGAUAUUACGGAAGAUCCGUCUUUUCCCCAAGAUACUCAACCACCAAAGAUUUCUGGGUCUGCAUACAAAAUUGAACGCAAUAGGGCAUACCAUCACGGAACUAUGUUACUGAAUGCACGCUUAGAUAUCCUUAAAGCUUUGCUGCACCGAGACGAGGCCCGUCUGGGCAAGGUUGUGGGUCGUGGCGUUGAGAGUGUAAAGUCACCUGUGGCCAACUUAGGCAUGGACAAGGAUGUGUUUAUAUCUACGGUGAUUGAUGCGUUUGCAGCCAAAUACUGUGAUGUGAGUUUAUUAGAACCAUCACCGUCAUCUACGACAGUUUCCAUUGACAAUGUUACUACUAAGGAUGAGUUUGUGAACCCCUUGACUGUUGGAAUUGAUGAUUACGAAGAGCUUGGAAGGGAGUCUUUGCCAGUACCUGAAUCUGUGGUUUUGAACGGUGAUCCUUUACCUGUUAUGCUUGUGCGGCCUGAACACUUACCAAGGGAAAUUUACGACGCAGCACGCGAGUCCAUGGGCUGGGAAUGGCAGUUUGGCCAAACACCUGAGUUUACUCACCGGUUAGAGUUCCCAGGCGGGUGGCCUUUAAGUGUAGUUUUACCCCCAGCGUCUUUAUCUGGCAACAAUGAUUUGGCCAUUACGUUUAGUGUCAAUCGUGGUAGGCUGUUAGACUUUAAGGUGGAGCCUGAGGAAUGUUCGAUUGCUGAGGAGGAGUUUCAGUUUUUGCGGCGCAUGAUUGAGUUGGAGGAAGAAAAACGGGCUGCCGGUGAUAAGAGUGCCGGUGUUAAGUAUGUGGGUAAGGAAGUUGCCGGGUAUGUUCCGAAUGACGAGCUGGCCCGGUGGAUUUCAGAGAGCAUUGACGGAACGCUUCUUAUGUAA